AUGGAAGAAGAUCCCCCACCAAGCGACCACAGCAUGGGAACCGACUCGUCUCCCGAGCCCACACCCCGCAUGGACGGCGGUCUCACCGCGUGGCUGCAAGUGCUCGGCAGCUGGAUCUGCUUCGCCAAUACCUGGUCUGUCAGCCUACGACAGCUUGCUCCGUACAGUACAACUUACGCGCACAGGGGCCUAACGAGCUCAUACGGCGUCUUCGAAACACACUACAGCAACGAGCUCCUCGCAGACUACAGCCCCUCGUCCAUCGCAUGGAUCGGCUCGGUGCAACUGUUUCUCAUGAUGGCGAUCGGACUGCCUGUGGGCUCCAUCAUGGACAAGGGCCAUCUGCGGCUGCUGAUCAUCCUGGGGAGUUUCCUGCAAGUGUUCGGCAUGUUCAUGACCUCUCUCUGCACGCAGUACUGGCAGGUGUUUCUUGCGCAGGGGCUGUGCGUGGGGAUCGGUAGUGGCAUGCUGGUCGUGCCGUCGGUGGCGGUUCUUCCGCUGUACUUUUCAGCCCGACGCAUGCUGGCGACGGGGAUUGCCGCGACGGGGAGUAGUCUCGCGGGAAUCGUCUACUCAAUCAUGCUUCGCCGACUGAUCGUCUCCAUUGGCUUCCCGUGGGCCGUGCGCGCGCUCGCCUUCACCAUGCUGGCCGGCUCGGUCCUCUGCGCUGCGGUGAUGCGUCUGCGACCUGGUCAUGCCAAACGCGCGCCAUUCACGGCCAUGAUGGCCUCCGUCUACAUUCCCUUCUUCUACGUCGAAGACUACGCCAUCGACCUCGGGGUCGACGAAGACAUGGCCUUUUAUCUGCUGAGCAUUAUGAACGCGACAAGUCUUUUUGGGCGAAUUGGCUCGAAUUGGCUAGCUGAUCGGUACGGAGGCCUUCUCCUCUCCCUCCCCGGCAGUCUCUUCACCUCCCUCAUGCUCUUCUUCUUCCGCUUCGCCACCACCCUCCCGGACUUGCUAGCCUUCGUCUCAAUCUACGGCUUCGUGUCGGGAAGUAUCGUCUCGCUCCCGCCCGCUAUCAUCGCCAACCUCACCAAAGACACCGCCGAGGUGGGCGCGCGGAUCGGGGUGGCGUAUACCGUUGCUGCUUUCGGGGCGUUGGUUGGGAAUCCGAUUGCGGGGGCUGCUCGGGGGCAUUUUGUAGUGGCAGCCGUGGCGGCUGGGUAUCAGGGGACGUGGCUGUUCGGGGCGGUGGUUAUGGGGGUUGCGGCGGGGUUGGUUGGGGGGAUGUUGUGGUUACAGCGGAAGAGAGGAGCGAGGGUGGCUACUACUUAG